AUGUGCCUCUCCCACCGACCGCUGCCGCUACCCCAAUUACUGAAUUCUGUACCUUGUCUACAGAUCGGAAGCGACAUGAUGGUCGACUCCGAGUUCGACGAGAAGAACAGCGUAGCCAUUAUUAAUCCAGACGCCGACGAGUCCAUGGACGACGAGGAGCCCGAGCCCGCGCCCCGCGCCGACGAGUAUGAAGCCUUCAUGAAAAAGCACAUGCCCGAGCUGGUGGACCAAGAGGUCGAGGAUGCGGCAUACCACACCUGGAACAUCACAAACUGGCGCAGCCUGAGCCGCAGGGAGGAGGGCCCCAUCUUCCAUUGCGGCGGGCAUCCCUGGCGGAUACUCUUCUUUCCGUACGGCAACAAUGUAGACUACGCUUCAUUCUACCUAGAGCACGGCUAUGGCGAAAAUGAGAUACCCGAGGACUGGUAUGCCUGUGUCCAGUUCAUGCUCGUGCUAUGGAACCCCAACGACCCGACCAUGUUCAUCUCCCACUCCGCAAAUCACCGCUUCACUGCCGACGAAGGAGACUGGGGCUUCACACGUUUCGCCGAGCUGCGCCGCCUCUUUCAGGUGUCGUACGAGGACCGCGGCCGGCCCAUGGUCGAGGACAACUGCGCCAACAUAACCGCCUACGUACGUGUGAUAAAGGACCCGACCGGCGUCUUAUGGCACAAUUUCCUCAACUACGACUCCAAGAAGGAGACAGGCAUGGUUGGACUCAAGAACCAGGGUGCCACGUGCUACCUCAACUCUCUGCUCCAAUCUCUCUUCUUCACCCACUUGUUCCGUCAGGUCGUCUAUCAGAUACCCACCGACCAGGAAUCAGGCCGCAUGGACAGCGCCUAUGCGCUACAGCGCUUGUUUUACCACUUGCAAUACUCCAACACCGCCGUAGGAACGACAGAAUUGACCCAAUCGUUCGGCUGGGAUUCUAAGCAAAUCUUUGAGCAGCAAGACGUGCAGGAGCUGUCCCGCGUGCUAAUGGACAAACUGGACGAGAAAAUGAAGGGCACCGAGGUCGAAGGUGCACUUGGGAAGAUGUUUGUGGGCAAGACAAAGACUUUCCUCUCCUGCAUCAAUGUUGACUAUGAAUCGUCGCGAAUCGAGGAGUUCUGGGAUAUCCAGCUCAAUGUGAGCGGAAACAAGAAUCUCGAUGACAGCUUCAAAGAUUACAUACAGGUGGAGAUCAUGGACGGAGAAAACAAAUAUUUUGCCGAAGGCUACGGGCUGCAAGACGCGAAGAAGGGCGUCAUUUUCGAAGAAUUUCCCGAAGUCCUCCACCUGCAACUCAAGCGGUUCGAGUAUGAUAUUAAUCGGGACGCUAUGAUGAAGGUCAACGACCGUUAUGAGUUCCCCGAGGUGUGGGACGCCUCGCCCUACCUUUCCGAGCGUGCCGAUCGAUCCGAGCCAUAUAUAUACCACUUGCACGGAGUCCUGGUUCACAGUGGUGACCUGAACGCAGGCCAUUAUUAUGCAUUUCUCAAACCUAAUAAGGAGGGUGACUUCUACAAAUUCGACGAUGACCGUGUAACGCGCGCAACGAGACGGGAAGCCCUUGAAGAGAACUUCGGGGGUGAUGUUAUCAGCGCCAACGGCGUUGGACAAAGGAAUCCUUACUCCAAAACGUGGUCGGUCAAGCGCUCUAUGAGUGCAUAUAUGCUGGUGUAUAUUAGGGAGAGUAGGUUAGAUAAAGUCUUGAUGACGGGACAGGAGCCUACACCACCGAAGCAUUUAGCGGAUCGAGUCGCAGAAGAAGACGCGCUGCGUGAGAGGAAGAGAAAGGAAAGGGAGGAAGCCCACCUCUACAUGGACAUACAGGUCGCUUCGGUCGCCAACUUCAAGGCCUAUCAAGGUUUCGAUAUAGUCCCGUGGAAGGGAGACCCGAACUCAGAACCGCCUGCCCACCCAAAGACCUACCGAAUACUUAGGACCACGACCAUAUCGCAAUUUUGUGAGAUCGUCGCACAAGAUCUGGAGGUGGAGCCGACUAUGCUCCGCCCUUGGGCGAUGGUGAACCGCCAGAACGGCACAAUCAGGCCGGAUGUCCCGAUUGACCAUCCUACCAUGACUGUGGAAGAAGCCUCAAACAAGUUUUCCAGCAAGGUGCCAUUCCGGUUAUGGAUGGAAGUGGCCGAAAAGCAGGCGGAGGAUGGUCAUGGCAUCUUUGGCGAGAAGCUCGUUGAUCUAAAGGGUCAGCCGAACAACCGGCCGCUGAUGCUUUUCCUCAAGCAUUUCGAUGCAAAGGAGCAAAGUCUGUUUGGAGUGGGCACCUUCUACGCAGCAUUCCAGGAUAAGGUCCAGGAUGUAGGGCCUCAGAUCUUGAGGUUGAUGGGAUGGCCGGCUGGCACGAAUUUCAAGCUCUCGGAGGAGAUCAAGCAUAACAUGAUUGAGGCGAUGAAGCCUAAGGUGACCUUGGCCCAGGCCGAGAUCCAAGAUGGCGACAUCAUAACCGUGCAACGAGUGCUUCCCGACAAAGAAGCCAGCCAGAUCGCGGCCGCCGGUGGCUAUGCCGAAGCGAAGGAGUUCUACGACUAUCUCCUCAACCGUAUCAAUGUGCAGUUCGUGCCGAGAGUGGACUCUGAGCUACCCACCUUCGCUUUGACGCUCAGCAAAAAGAUGACAUACGACCAGCUUGCCGCUAAGGUUGCGGAGCAGAUCCAAGCUCCGUCGACUCACAUGCGUUUUACCACAGUGACUGUCGGCGGAAAGCCGAAAGCGCCCAUCAAAUACAACCCUCAACUCACACUGAAUUCAAUACUGUUCCCGGGUACCUACAACUAUGGCACCGCGACGCAGAAAUCCGACGCACUUUUCUACGAAGUCCUCGACAUGAGUCUUAAAGAGAUGGAGCAGAGGAAACCAGUAAAAGUCACGUGGUUGCCGGAAGGAAUCCUCAAGGAGGAGGAGUAUCAGCUCAUGCUCCCCAAAACGGGCCGCAUAACGGACCUGAUCGAGUCUCUCCAAUCAAAAGCGAACAUAAGCAGCGACGUUGCCAAACGAGUACGGGUGUACCAGGCUCAUAAUCACAAAUUCAUGAAAGAGCUUCCCAUGGACUUCGGGAUCAUGAGCAUUGGCGAAUAUAUCACAGUGUAUGCAGCGCCGUUCCCUGAAGGGGAGUCGGACAAGAUGAUUACCGUCUUCCACUUCGACAAGGAACCAAAUAGGCUUCAUGGAAUACCGUUCAGGUUUCCUUUGAAAGAGGGAGAACCUUUCAGUGAAACCAAAAAGCGUCUCUCCGACUUCACCAAGAUCAAAGGCAAACCUUUCGACAAGAUAAAGUUCGCUAUCAUCAGCAAACCUCAAUACUCGAAACCGCAAUAUCUAGACGAUGACGAGAUAUUAUGGGAUCUUGCCGACCCCGCCGACAACAUACAGCUGGGCAUGGACCACGUGAACAAACAACGGAACUUAUGGGGCAAGGCUGACUCCAUAUUCAUCCGUUAA